GCAAUCUACAUUACAGUGGCAAAAAGCCAAGUAUCGACUUCAUAAUCAGUUCCAGCGGUUACCGAUAUCUAUUUUCUGGUCAAGAAAGGAACGGUCGUGAUUUCUUGUGGUGAUCGGUCUCGAGCCGCAGUUCGCCACUCUGCCCGGAACAGACCGGAGAUUCUCCUUGGACUUACUUUUUUCACCGUAGAAGUAGACGGACUUUUGGCGCAAACAAAAAGUUGUACACAAGAUGGAGCGGUAUCAAAGGAUGGAAAAGAUUGGGGAGGGUACCUACGGUGUCGUUUACAAGGCCAAAGAUCGGGUGACGGGCGAAAUCAUUGCGCUAAAAAAGAUCCGCCUUGAAGCCGAAGAUGAAGGGAUUCCGUCGACUGCUAUUAGAGAGAUUAGUCUACUCAAAGAACUGCAACAUCCCAAUAUUGUGAGAUUGUAUGAUGUCGUACAUACCGAACGAAAAUUGACGCUCGUUUUUGAGUUUUUGGAUCAAGAUCUGAAAAAGUAUCUCGAUAUUUGUGAUGCUGGAUUGGAGCUCCCGAUUCUCAAGUCCUUUCUUUAUCAAUUAUUAACGGGAGUGGCGUAUUGCCAUCAUCACAGGGUACUGCACCGCGAUUUGAAGCCCCCUAACUUGCUCAUCAACCGUGAAGGAAAUUUAAAACUGGCAGAUUUCGGUUUAGCCAGAGCCUUUGGUAUUCCGGUUCGCUCGUACACGCACGAAGUCGUUACCCUGUGGUAUCGUUCACCAGACGUACUCAUGGGUAGUCGAAAGUACAGUACACCGGUUGAUAUCUGGUCGGUUGGUUGCAUAUUUGCCGAAAUGGCGAAUGGUCGGCCACUAGUGGCGGGGACAUCUGAAGCCGAUCAAUUGGAUCGAAUCUUUCGAUUGUUGGGGACACCAAAACUGGAGGACUAUCCCACAAUAAACGAACUGCCUGAAUACUAUCCCGAUAUGCCGCCUUAUCCGCCGCCCCGGGGUGGAUUGUCUGCUCUCGUGCCAAGACUCAACCCAAUCGGUAUUGAUUUGCUGUCCCGAAUGCUUCAGUACGAUCCAGCUAGGAGAAUCACGGCCCAGGCCGCCUUAGAACACGAAUACUUUCAGGCGGCGUAAUGUUGGGACUGGAGUGUCUUCCGUUCAUAUCGAAUAUCAGAAAAAGUGGCGCGCAUAUCAUUCGUCAGGGGAGGUGCAUUGUGCAUCUCACUGUCAGUAAAGCUUUAAAUUUUGCCAAAAAUUAAUUGAUUCCCAUUUGGUUAUCGUAGAAAACGCGUAGUGUCGAGCCGCUCGUUCGUCGCUUGGCUAUCAAACGACGCGGGAGACAACGACAUAUCAUCGUUAUACGAUACCGCAUUCGAAGUGCCCAAAAGCGGUGCCGAUUCGUCAGUAUUAGACCGUGCUCCUCUCGAGCUUGAUGCAGUUGCCAACGUGGACGAUAGAGGUCGAAGGAGGAGUUGACGAAGCGAGCUGCUGCUUUGAUGGACUGAGUGGUAAGAUGGAUGAGGUGGAGCAGUGUCGUGUAUACCUCCUUCGACGGCAGCGUCACCAGUUCUACUAUUUUCGUCCGCGGUGGCGGCAUUAGAAACGGAAGUGACAGUUGUAUCUUCUCGUGACCGUCUCUUGCGCGGUUUUUUGCCGACAUCUUGACGACAUACGGGACAAUUACAGGGGUUUCCGCAGCCGGAAUGUACCCAGGAUUUCCAACAGCUCUCGCAAAAAAUGUGACCACACCGUAGAAUUUUUGUGCGUUUACCGUCUGGUCCUCGUAGUGGAACGCCGUAAUUGUCCACGACAGCUGUUUUGAACAACGAGCUCUCCUCUUUGGCGGUUUUCUUUUUCCCGUCGAUAUUUUCAUCACAUUCACCGGGCGGAAUGUCAAGCGUCUUUAGAUCCUUGGUACUGUUCACUCGACUCCCGGUGUAACUGUCACCGUAUUCGAACGGCUCCAAGCAUAUUGGACAAUCCCGUGUCCGAUAUUCCUGCUGCAGCAUGCACGCCUUUUCUCGCUCUACAUCGGACAAGAGCGAUCGUUGUUCAGCGUACUGCCACCGUUUGCGCCGAUCCCGGUACUCUCCCCACGCCCCAAAGAAAAAGGUGAAUAAGGCAAAGGCAAUCACAAUGCCGAAUCUUGAAAGAAAAUCUUGCAGUCGAUCCGAAAGUGUGGGGGGUCCGGCGAGGAGCAAGUCACGAAUGUCGUCCAUGGCUUGGAGGAGGGCAUCGCCGUAUUCACGCGUGCGCAAGAACGGCUUCAUGCCGGCAACGACGUGAUCGAGUCUCCACCAGGGCAAGAUACUGGAUAUUUCCGUUCCGGUACUAAUAAAACAAACGCGAUCUUGAAUAGAAAGAAAGAGCAAUAUACCAUGAUCCCCAUGGUCACCUUUCUUCCACCAGGCAUCGUGAAGAUUGUGUGCAAAGAUCUGAGCCGCGUCGUUCACCAUGUCGUCUUCGUCCUCGUAGGCGUAGUAGGAUCCUUCUCGCAAAACUGCGGGCAAAUUCAUCUUGCGCACCGUAGCUACAGCGAGUUCAACGGCUGGGAUUCGAAUAUUGGAUUGGGAGAAAGCAUCCAUAUCAUCCGUCAGAGCCCGCUUACUACGGUGACGUUGCUGGAACGCUGCCCAAGAGAUGGACGACAAAUCCCGUUCUUGUACAUACGGCGUACUCGACAAGCGCCGGUUGAAAGGACCUACGGUGACAUCCCAGGGUCGAUCGUUGUCCGUGUCGCCGUCGUGGGGUCCGAAGAUGUUAGAAAAAUUCAUCAACUUCUGCGCGAUUUCCUCCAAAUAUUCUCCGCCCAUGACCCAGUCGGGAUCGCACACUCGCAAGUCGUUGACGGUUAAAUUAGGCUUGUUCUGUAAAUAGGCAAUUCCACAGCGAAUGGGGUUGUUGAUAGGAUUGGGGUACAUGUCCGGCGUCCAACCGUACACGGUGGGGUUGCUGUUGUGGGGUUGGUUGUCCGCGUCCCGGCUAUCCGUGUCGGGUUCCGGAUCGAAAGUGUCGUCGGAGUGGUCCGUGAGAAACACGUGCUGGGUCGUUGUUGAUAUAGAUGUCGAUACCGGAGGAAACUGUUGGUGUAAAGUAGGAUCUUCCGAAUGAAUGAAACCUUUCUGCGUCAGAGACGGCUGAAAGUAACUCGACCAAGAAUUCCGAUGUUCUAAUGGUCGUUUCUCGGUGGCUUUGGGGUUGCGAUCGUGAACGUCUUCCAGCACAGAUACUUCCCGAAACGCAGUGACCACGGGCCGAGAAGGGAUCCGGGAAUUCUCGUGGAGAUUCCAAAAGAAACAGCCCCAAACGGCGGCCAAGACGGCACACGAACCCCCGCACAACCAGAAGUGUAUCGAACGCCCCGCACGACGCCUCCGCGCGCGUCGCAUGGAAUCUUGUAGUGAAUGGGCACGUAAAUAGGGGCGCUCUACCACGGAAUGGGUCGAUCCUUCUAUUGGGGAUGAUAUAGUGGGUAUUGUGGAAGGUUCUGACGGAAAGGGUGGUACAGAAAACGAUACGAACCCAUGUUCGGGUCGAUUGUUCGUAGAGGUUUGAUGCAUGACGACGUUCAGGAACAGUGACCUCGAUUCCUCAUGCAGCAGAUUGUUAAAGGAACAACGGGGAUGAGUAAACUGUAAUAAAAUGCGAACGACGGUGCUUUAAUGGAAUGAAAGGAUGAGAAGAGAACCGU